AUGCUACGAUCAUCCCGUUCCAGAUCAGUUCGCCUCCGAUGUUCUCAGUCAUCCGAUGGUAAAAAUUUCAAGGAAGUGUAUCAAGACGGUCCAGGGUUUGCACCGAAUGAAUAUGUGAUAUUUGUCGAUAGUGAAAAUAAAGGCGCUUGUGCUAGUGGAUCAACACUGGCGUUUGCUGGUCCAUGUGAAAUGCAUCCAACAACUGACAGACCAAUUAUGGGAUCAAUCAACUUCUGUCCACAGAAAAUGGAAGUCGAUGAACCAGGAAAGACGAUGUUGGUUGGUACGGCUAUUCAUGAGUUAGCGCAUGCUUUGGGAUUUGUUAAAACUAGCUAUGCUUUAAUGCGUGACGAAAAUGGUAAUCCCCGAACACCGAGAGAUCCGAAAACAGGCAAGCCGCCGAGGAAUGAUCGCGGACAAUUUGUACCGAGUGAGAGUACUGUUAAACUCAUCAAUCGUCCAUGGAUUUCAGCUGUGGGAUCGUUCAGCAAACAAUUUUUAGCCUUUGUCACUCCACAACUAUUGGCUGAAGGACGUAAACACUAUAACUGUCCUAAUCUGGAUGGGAUUGAUAUAGAGAAUGAAGGUGGUGAAGGAACUGUUGGAACACAUUUUGAGAAACGGGUAGUUGGAGAUGAAAUUAUGGCAGGUGUAACUGGCGUGAAGACAGUGGCAUCACGAUUGACACUUGCAUUCUUCAAGGAUUCUGGAGGGAAGAGUAUUGAACCGUAUUGUGAAGAGAAGAGUGAUGUGAUGUGUUAUCACAAGGCCGCCUUUGGAAUAUGUGCUGUUGCACAGUUUACUACAAGUUUGCCUGCACCUGAUCAAUACUUCAAAGGUAUUCCUAAUCAAGGAGGGAGUAGUACAUUGGUGGACAAAUGUCCAAUGGUUCAGGUGAGUGUUCCCAAUGUUUAA